AACAAACUUUGAAAAGUGACAUCGACAUGCAUGAUUUGCAAACAUUAAGCAUUAACCUGCUGUCACCCAUGCAUCUGGCCACCAUUUUCACAAUGUGGAGAAGUGCAUGCUGGGAAAGGACUUUCAUGUACUUGUGCAGGUACUUUCUCUCUUCAUAAUAUUUGCACUUCAUUAUCACCCAUUGCUUCUGCUUAAUAUUCCAUCUAUUAUUAACUAUAUUUGUACUUGCCUAUGACCAAAAGAUGAAUAUGAACUUACAUUAUUAAGUUGAUUAUAUUUAAUGGAUAUCUUGGUUUUUAGCUAUUGCACACUAAAGGAUCAGGGAUGCAGAUCGAGGCUUUAUCCAGGGGAAUUAACAACCUCACAGACUCCAGAGAAGAGAAGAGAGAUCCAACUGCAGGUUCACUCUCACCCAAUACAAAGGAAAGAAUAAUAUUGUGUAUAAGGGAAACCACGCUUUGAACUAAACCAGCUGGAAUGAAGCAAACAGAUCUGCAGUACGAAGCCAAAACCAGCUUUUUCAGAACCUUAUGGGCUAAACCCAACAAAACCGCCUCGGCAGACCUCAUCCACCUCUUUAGCAACUGCAUCCAGGCGGCUUCAUCCAGAACAAAGGAGUAUCUGCUCUUCAGGGACCCAGAGAACAAAUUGCACCCAAGUCCUUCAACCCUAAGCGAGAUCUUUCUGAUGACCUACAUCCAACACAGCAGCCUGCUGAAUCUCACCGACACGUUCAACUGCACGGCCAUGACCCCAGAACAGAGGAUCCUGCUGGGUGCCCACUGGGUCUGGGCCGUGUUGGAUCAGCCGAGCAAGAACCCCCGAAUCCAGAUCGCGGUCCAGGUGUUUCAUCUGCCAGAAAGAACAGAGGAGAACGACGAGGAGCUGUCCUUAGAUAUCUACAGCAACAUCAUGCGCAUGGCCGGGAUGGAUGUGGUGGAAAGAACCCAAGCUGAGAGGAUGGUGGAGUUCUGUUCUUCCAUCGGCAGAGACUGUUAUGCGCUUUUCCUCUUUUUUGGGCGCCAGAACGACGAGGGGAACAUCUACGGACUGCUGAGCAACAAUCUGCAAGCAGCUGUGGGGAAGUGUGUGAGGAUUGACCAGGUCUUUAUCGAUCACUUCUUCAAAGGUGCGAAAUGCUUCAUCACUCCAAGUGAGAUGUUGCAAGCAGUGGUUGGUAAGGAGGGUGGCAAUCCUCUGACCAUGCUUGUUAAGUUCACUUAACAGCUGAGCUGUUUUUACUAGAUUUUAUACCUUUUUGUGGGUUUAUUAUAAUGAGCAGCUCACCACUUGGUAACAGAUGCUUUGAAUGCAGCCCUGGGUCUGUAUGUUGAUGUUUUCCCAAGACUUUCAAGCCUUAUAACUAGUGUCUGGUCUAUGUAUGUCUCCAGCAAUACUUAACUGUUACUAGAUGCAAUUAAAAUGCAAAAUAAUGUGCAGAAAUAAAUAUUUUUGCUGACUAGUUUUGUACCUUGUCUGUUUUACUACCUCGUAAUGAAAUAAAUUCAUU